AUGACGAACCCAUCCCGCCCAGCCACCUGUGUUUGCCCCUGCAUUUGCGGCGCCGCUUCCAGCCCGCCCACCGAGGACCCAUCCACGAAGGAGUCGUCCGCCGCCAUCACUGCCGGCACCCUUGCCUCCUCGGUUCUCCUGCCAACGGCCAUUGUCCUGGCGUCGGCCUACUUCUUCUCCUUCGCCGCACGGUCUCUCUUCAAGCUGGUCAUGCGCACCUUCCGCGACUGA